CUAGGUAGGGAACAAAAGCCUUUACUCUUGUAGACUAUAUAGUUCACAUAUAUAGGGAGGAGAGAGGUAUUUGGGAUUCAGCCUCACAGUUAAGCCGAAAGCUUGCUAGUUUUAUUGCGUGGUGAACGGAGCUUAGCUAAAAGCUAGAGUUUAUUAGACACACACAGACGCGCAGGCUGUAAUUAUGGAGGCAGCAGAUAUUUUGAAGCAGAUUAAAGUGCCCUUGUUUUGGGUAGGUGCUGUGACAGUAGCCUGGGUGUCUGUGUGCACUCUGUACCGACUCCUGAACGGCCUCCGGGUGUGGGUCCUGGGCAACGGGAACCUCAUAAAAGCCUCCAAACUCGGGAAAUGGGCAGUCGUAACUGGGGCCACCGAUGGAAUCGGAAAAGCCUACGCGGAGGAGCUUGCACGGCGAGGCUUUGCCAUCGUCCUCAUCAGCCGUACUCAGGAGAAGCUAGAUGACGUGUCUAAAGCCAUCGAGAGCAAGUACAACGUAGAGACCAAAACCAUCUCUGCAGACUUUGGAUCGGUGGAUAUCUAUUCCAAGAUUGAAUCUGGACUAGCUGGCCUUGAAAUUGGGAUCUUGGUUAACAACGUCGGAGUGUCCUACCCUUACCCCGAGUUUUUUCUCAACAUACCAAAUCUCGAUAAUUUCAUCAACAACAUGAUGAACAUCAACAUCACCUCGGUUUGCCAGAUGACUCGGAUCGUGCUGCCCCGGAUGGUUGAGAGGUCUAAAGGAGUUAUCCUGAAUGUCGCCUCCGCAAGCGGCAUGUACCCCGUUCCACUCCUCACUCUUUACUCGUCCUCUAAGGCUUUUGUGGAUUUCUUCUCUCGUGGACUGGAUGCUGAGUACAGAAGCAAGGGUGUCAUCAUCCAGAGCGUGUUGCCCUUCUUCGUGACAACCAAGCUGAGUAAGAUCAAGCGAGCGUCUCUGGACAUUCCCACUCCGGAGCGCUACGUGGCGGCGCAGCUGAGCACUGUGGGUCUUCAGAGUCAAACGAACGGCUACCUGCCUCAUGCCAUCAUGGGUUGGGUGACUACUUCUCUGCUUCCUGCACAACUGCUCAACAAGUAUGUCAUGAACAUGGGCCUGUCUCAGCGUGCACGUUACCUGAAGAAGCAGAAGCAGGGUUAAGGAGAUAUGGACAGCAAAUGAAGCAGGACGGGUGAACUUCAGAGAGGAGAAGAUUAGUGGACCAACCAAAAAUUCCAUAAAACUUCUUUUCAUUUCACUGCUGGAGACCAAGAUUGAUUCCUGCUUCACUGCUACUAAUAGGAUUGUUUAUUUUGGCUAGUUUGAUGAUACUUUCAGUAUUUUGCAUUUAUUUCAGUUCUAGAGAGGAGACACAAGCACUUCAGUGUCAUUGCUAACAAAAAUAUAUCUACUGAAUUUGUUCAGAAACAUUUCUACCUGGCUUUGCUAAUAGAACAGGAUUGUAACAUACAUCAGUGAGUCCUUUUACACUUUAUCAGCACUCUAAUUUACAUUAACACAUGCAGAAAACACAAAAAGGCCUAAUCUGGUAUUAAAUUAUUAUGCUAGAACUGAUCGGUUCACUCUCGGGUAUUGGUCUUGAACAGAUUUCACUAUAAUGUUGAGUUAAAGGAGCAGUUUGUAAUUUUUAAAGCCCUCUACUUUGAGGAGAAUUGUAAUUGCAAAUAAAACAUUGUCAAUCCUUUCCAUUUCCCCAUUGAUCCCAUUCCCAUGUUGAAAACUAUGCAUGCAUUGGGAGUUGCCUUUGAAGGGAAAUGAGAAUGGCUGAGCAGCUCUGCUUUGGCUGUUUGAGCUCAUUUCUGGGCCAGAAAAAUGUAAACAGAAGCCUAAAACAAAGAAAUGAUCCAGAGUCAUUGCUUGGUAAUAUUGGGAAUCUCAAUGUUUCAAUUGUAUAUUUGAAAUUGUAUGAUUAUUAUGUGUCUAGACACAUUAAUAAAAUUUACCCACUGCACCUUCAAGUGUUGAUGGCACACGAUUCACAUUUUCAAUUAGAUGAUUGAUUUAGGUAUGCUGCAGUUGCCAUCUGCACAAACGUUCAUGUUAUGUCAAUCAGGGGAUUUUUUUUUUAUUUUUUAUUUUUUGGAAGUAGUAUCACAAUAGCACUUACGGUUCUCCCCUUUUUUUCAAAAUAUGGGUCUUUAAAUCACCUUUUUUUAAAAGACGUAUGUUUUAAUCUGAUUGAUUCGUUUUAGUGUGCAUGCUAUUUUAAUUAAUUGCAUUUACCACAAACUAUGUUGGUACCACACAAGUGUUUAUGUUUCUGUACAGAGUGCAUUUGCAUUGCACUAAAUUUGUGUUAGUACAUAUUUAAACAUCGCUUAAUUGUAACUGGGGCGUUCUGAUGACUGUGUUACUAAUGCAGGGUGGUGAGGACUUAGUGAGCUAAGGGCACAGUUAUGUUUCCAUUUCCACUUAAUAUUGUCUCAGACAAGUACUGCUAUAUUGGUGACAUCGGUUGUAUGAGGUUGAGUUAUGGCUGAGGUAUGAGUUCAGUGUGUAUUUAAAUGGAUUUGUUUUUAGUUCAGGAGAGUCAGAACAAUAGAUGACUGUGAUGUCAAUGUCAAACUUGCAGAAAUAAACUGGAAUGCUUUGUUGCUA